AUGCUUGGGUUUGCUACUCUCACGACACUUCUGAUGCUCGUGUCCACCGCACUCGCCGACACUAUGCUUGCUGCGGUCUACGAACCCGGCAAUAACAAGCUAGUGCUCGACCCCGCCUUCCCCGUGCCCACUCCCGGCGAAGGUGAAGUACUGCUCAAGGUCGUCGCUUGUGGCGUCUGUCACUCCGACGUGUUCAUCCUCUCCGCCGCAAGCCCGGACCCUCGCUCUUACAUCCUUGGGCACGAGAUCGUUGGGACCCCCGCCCAACUUGGAUCUGGCGUUCAGAACAUCAGCACGACCCAGUUGUACGGUGUGUUCAUCAUCGACCCCACCAACACGAACGUCCUUGCAAGCACCGGCACCGGCUUGAACGGCGGCUACGCUGAGUUUGUCCUGGUGAACCAGGCGCAGCUCAUUCCGGUACCAGAUGGACUGGCCCCUGAGGUCGCGGCGGUUGCAGGAGACUCGCUGAUCACUGCGUUCAACGCUGUAAACAACGUAGCUCAGGUCUCGCAGGGCAGCACGGUGCUCAUUUACGGCGUUGGUGGGCUCGGGCACCAAGCCGUCCAGCUCGCAAAACAUCUGGGUGCGACGGUCUACGCGGUGGACCUCCGACCGGAAGCUCGCCAGCUCGCGCUCGACCUUGGCGCUACCCAGGCUUUCGACCUCGAGGAUCUCACCGCAGUGACUGGCAACGGGACAUUCCACGUUGAUAUUGUGAUCGACUUCGUCGCGACCGCGCAAAGCUUUGCGCUGUCCAAGGCCGCAGUGGCACUCUCGCCCUCCGAGGGCUUCGCGGGCCUGUCCACACCUGGCAAGAUAGUCAUAGUCGGAGUGAGCGCAGAGAGCCUCGAUUUCGCUUCGGUGGACCUCAUUUCAGGGAACAUCCGCGUCUUUGGCUCCUUGUACGGCUCCCAGGACGACAUGCGGCGCGCGUUCGACCUUCUUAGUCAGGGCGUCAUCCAGCCCAACAUUACUGUCGCGCCGCUCACAGACAUCAACGCCGCGCUCGAAGCGCUGACGGCUCAUGAUGUUACCGGGCGUACGGUCGUAAUGCCGGGUUUGGACUCCAAUGGGACGAACAGUCGUCGGUGA